AGCUGCUUCCCGAAUCGAGCUUAUCUCUGGCAGAACAGUCGGACAGUUCUGACCUUCUUGCGUCAUCCUGAGUUAAAGUUCAGAGCUGCUUAACUACCAGCGGAAGACUUUAGAACUAAGCCAACCGGGGAAAAACCACAUUCUUCCCAGUUGAUCAGAAAAUAGAUGAAAUUAACAAGGAGACGGGCGGCUUUUUUUCAUGCCAAGGAGAAGGUUCCUGAACUCCCAGCAGCCAGAUUGGGUGUGAAAACCUAGUGAGAAGGGGAAGAUGGGCGUGUGGAAAGACCCAGUCUGUGGACAGAACGGAGCAGACACAGAGGCCUUUAAGUUAAGAAAGGGAGGGUAGCUUUCGAACCAGCUAGUGCCUCGGGACUAUAGGGGAAGACUGUGUUUUGUUUGGGUAUGGUUUUAAUGGAGAGGAAGAGGAUACGUUCUAAAAUUUGGCAAUAUGGGCAGGAGGCGCAGAACGGUAAUGUUGGAACGGAACACUGCAGGGCUGGAAUUGCAUUGCUCAGGAUUGUGUGAUGAAGGUAGCUUGGAGUAGGUCGGUUUGAGGGGUCUUGACAAGCAAUGGCCACGGAAGCCCCUGUGAACAUAGCCCGCCCUGAACGCAGCCCCGUGGGCAGUACGGCAGCUGACAGCUUCAUCUGGCAGCCAAACCCUGGAAGCAUGCACGUCCUCAGGCCCAAGUCCGCCAAGGGGCGGACGCGGCCGAGCCCGCACAGACCGCAGGGCACAGAGCUGCACCCUCAGCGCGCGCCAGCCUCCCUGCCUCCAGCUAUUCCCUGCGAGUCGCCAAGCAGCCAGCGACCAGGAGCCUGCGCACCCAAGUCCCCACACCAGGGAGCUCCCGAUGAGGUCCCCGAGCUGCUGCAACAGGUGCCCAUCGGCGCCACCUCUUCCCUCAAUAAAUACCCAGUCCUCCCUUCCAUCAACAGGAAGACCCCGGAGGAGGGCUCUGUGGAGACAGUGGCUAAGAAGGCCGGCUCCCUGCAGCUGAGCGGCGUCCGGGCUCUUAACCAAGAGGAGACUGACAGCAUGAAGACAAGUGAAGAAGAUUCCAGAGCUCCAGCUUGUUCCCCAGAGAGGAGAUUCAUCGCCAGAACCAGGAGACAGUCCUCCCCCAGGGCUGGGGACCUGGAGGAGCCAUCAGAUCCGGAGCCGCGGCUGCUGCUGGCCAUCAGAUCGCCGUCGGGCCGAAGGUUCGUUCGCCAUUUCCGGCCCACCGACGCCUUACAGACUGUGGUAGCUGUGGCCGAACACAAGAACCAGGCCAGCUACCACCCCUGCCGCAUCGAAACGAUGGAGGUGCCCAGGAGACGGUUCUCCGACCUCACCAGAUCCCUGCAGGAGUGCAAAAUCCCCCACAAGUCGGUGCUGGGCAUCUCACAGGAAGAAGGGGGAGGGGAGCCCUGAGUCCACAGCCCCCCACGCUGGGGUCCUAGGUCUCCGAGUAAGGAGUGCGCUUGGGUGCUGUGGCCUUCCAGGCAGCUCGGUGCCAAGCGCCAUGUGAACCUUGGUGCAGCUGUGAGCCUUGGGACUCAUCUUCAGAGCCUCUCCUCUGGAGUGAAAUUUGCAUGGGUGCCAAGUGCACUGAGAAAGUUCUUCUCCGGUUGUUAAAUUCCCUCCAGCACUGGAGGGAACCAGCAAGUUACCAGGGCUGUUUCUGAAACCGCCGUGACCAGGUCUCCCCCUUUCCCGAGUUCUGGGUCCUUUCUGGAGCACCCGCUUGCCUUUUCAAUGAACUCUCACUCUCUUGAAGCCAAUGGUUUGCCUUUCUGUAUUUGAUGCAAGAUUAAAUACUUCCCAGAGAGGAUUCUAGCCUGGUAAAUAACCAGAGCUCAGGAAAUGUCGAA